AUGACAGAAAAAGAAAAUUAUCACUACUUCGAGCAAAGCAAUUUGGAAGAAUUGAUAUCACUUUUAAAGUAGGAAAAGUAAGAAAAGCCAUACAUAGACGAGAAAGCAAGAACAAUUUUAGUAGAGAUAGGCAAUCAUUUUAUCAACGAUUUACUCAAAAAGGGAAUUUCUAUUUCCAAACAUAAAUCUUAAAAACCUUCUGAUAAAGAUUCUAGCUAAGAAGAAGGUGCUGAAUAAAAAAAAUAUCCUCCUGUCGAAGUUAACGAUUUCAGAAUUAUUGCAGAAACAAAAUAUAAUACAAGGAUUGAUGGAGCAAACUAGCAUAUAGAAAGAUAAAUAGCAUAAAAUGAUAUAGAUUAUGUAAAAAGAGAAUAAGAAAAAGUUCAAUAACUGCAUAAAUGA